AUAGAUAGUCGUGCCUCAUAGUACGUAUCGUAUGGUACGGAAGUACAGUAAAACACUAGUUUGCUGAGUGAUCCUUCUAGAAAUCGCCGAUCGCCAAUUUUUUCGACGUUCUCGUAAUUGCUCGAAAUCAUGGCAUCACAGUAUCGAACGUUUAAGGUGAAUCUUCGGAACAAAUAGCAUUAUUCUUCGUAAUAAUACACAAUCAACUUUCGUUCCAAACAGCACUAUUCAAUUGCAGCACCGAAGAAUAGCAAUUGACCGUUUCAAUAUUGUUCCUCGUACUCUUCGAUUCGAUUCGAUUCGAUCCGCUCCCGAAACAAAAAUUGUUGUACGAGCUGAAAGCCAAGAAAACAAUGUCGUAUAGCGAUGACGAGAAACGUCUUCGUAUGGGCUGUUCGUCCACAACGAUGGGAAGUAUUCUUAGUGCCAGGAACAACGACCUUGGUGAAGAAGCAUACAUGGAAUACGAUCAAAAAGAAGCCAGCAUGUCGGUCAAUGAAGAAGGAGAGGAAUUCUCUGGCCACAAGAACGACGUGGGAACAAGAGACAGGGAUGUGAUAAAUCACCUCGUGGACAACGACGAGAGCAUUGAAGUCGACGAAGACAUUGUUGAAGAAACAUCUCCUCCGGUUUGCGAAGACGCUGUCGUUAAUAGCGACGGUAAUAACAGAGACCAGCAGUCGCGAGUAUCUUUUUCCAAAUCGAUUGCCUCCAUCGACACCCUGGAACGUGGUCACCCGUCUCGAAAGACGAAUAAUGAUAUGAAAUCGCCUAAGAAGAAUGCACGCACCUCUUCUGCUCGCAGGCUCUCAGCUCAGAGCAAAAAAGCGGCUUCGCCAGCUUCGCAACCAAAAUCCUACAUUGCACGCAUACUGGCAAACCACCAGCGUGUUCCGGGAGGUGCUGCGGCAAAAUUGAUCGGGCGCCCGGACGACAACGAAGGGGAUUAUUACCAAUUCGUGAACGACGGAGAUGAUGCUCUGGAGGUUGCCGCACCCUUGGACGAACUGAUGAAAAGUCGCGACAUGGCCAAGGCCGAGUUUGAGAAAGGACCAACACAGAACAAACGCUACCACGCUGCUGUCAAGGAAGACAGUCGUGCUUCGGCUAUCUCGUCGGUCACCGACGGGACCGUCCCACGUAUCUUGGACCGUGACGAAGUCUUUCACGAGAAUGCCGAAGCGGCGCUUCAUUCGAUUUUGACCCCGGCAAAGAAGCCCGAGCCCGAACUCGACGAAAUUGUAGAAUUUCGAAAGAAGUUGAAAAAGAACAAGAAAAAGACGGAGAAUCCGUCAAAGGACCAAAUCGUUCGAAAUUUGCUCACAAGCAAAACGGAGCGCCAUCUAGCCACACUCAAGGAGAGAAUGACUGAUCCCAGCAAGAGCCUGACCGAGCUAAUGGAAGCGAUUGCUAGUCCGAAAGACGGAGUCUUUGAUCGUCACUAUAUGGUCCGAAGAAAAAAUGCGUGUGGGGCCAUGAAAGUAUUGACUUCCAACGCCUCGCAUCGUGUGAACAUCUGCUGGACACUCGGGGUGCUUCCAGCCUUGACUUCCGUACUCGAGGAUUCUGGUCCAGCAGCACUGGAUGAGCAGUACCCGGACAAAAUCAUUCGACUAGAGUACAUCGAGGCACGCAAUCGAGCUGUAUCUGCUCUCAUCCAUUUGGCAAUGCCCCAAAACAACAAACUCCCUAUUUUUCAUUGCCCCCGCUUAGUUCCCUCCUUGGUUCGUGUAAUUGAACAGGACGAUGGCGAAGCAAGAAGAGGUUGCUGCUUAGUAUUGGCUCAUUUGAGCAAGAGCAAAGAAAAUAGGUUGAUCAUGGCACAGAUUCCUGGUUUGCUCGAUGCCCUUGUGGCUGUGAUCGAACCAAAGGAGAACUUCGCUCGCUCUGAGAGCAGCGAAGAUUCCAUGUCGUGUCGUAGCAGCCACGAUACUUCUGAUAUCGACAUUCAUGAUCGACUUUCGCAAGAAGACAAUAUAGACUUGAAUCUCUCACAAAAGAGCACCGUCCAGUCUUUGUCGCAAGAUCCGGCUGAGUUGUCUGUUAGGUAUGACGAAGACCCCCAGCCAUUUUUACACGGUGCUCGCCAAAAUGUCUUCGCCUGUCUCGGUUACUUGGUCAAGGAAAAAGAAAAUGCAUACGUUCUUGCCAGACAUGUGCAGCUUGUCAAUACGCUUGUGUUCAUUACGAGGCUCCAGGAAAGUUCUUCGCAAGAACAUGCUGUGAAGAUUUUGGCCAAUUUUUCUCGCCAUCGAUCUAAUUCGAAGUUUCUGGUGUUCAAAAUCAGGGGUAUUGUACAGGCGGUUGUCUCUGCUACAUAUUCCGAAAAUACAGAAAGCCGCAAGUAUGCGUGCUACACUCUCCAGAAUUUCUCGCAUGACAAGCCCUGUCGGCAACAACUUGCGUUGAUCGACAACCUUUUGGAGGCAGUUUGCGCCCGUAUCCGCGAACCCGCAAGUGGCGACGAAAAAAUGGCGGCUUUGCAUGCCUUGAAAAACCUAACAGAUGAACCAGCAAACCUCAUUCCGAUGACAAAUACUCCCGAAUGCUUUGCGACGUUGAUGCAAGUUGCCCAUGCCGACAGUCACAGCAUUACCGAAGAGAUGCAAUACAUUGCCUGUGAUGCGCUGGCGACGUUGAGCCAUUGGUUCCGUUCGAUAGCAACCAGUGGACAACGUAUUGGGAUGACGCAUCCCGAGGAAAACGCCAAUCGCUUUGCAAAGGAUGAAUUGUUUGUUCCUUCACUUCGAGUUUUGACCUGGGAACCGUGGCAAUAAACAAAGCCUGCUCUUUUCUUUGCGAAAUAAAUCGAAUUCAAAAAAUUUAGUUCAAAAUUAGCAUAUUCAUUUCAUUGUUCAACCAAAGGUUUUAAUACUAGUGUAAUAAUAAAUUGCCAGCCUU